UUUGGGAAAUGGAGCUUUUGGCAUCCUUCUAUAAAGUCAGAACUGUAAGAUAGGGGAAAGGGAGGCUUUGGGAUUCUUGAGGUAAGUGCAGAGGGAAUUGUGACAAAGAAUUUUGAGGACUAAGCAGGGCAACAGUGGAGAGGCCAUAGAAGCAGAACACCAGGUGUGGUGCUUCCACAGAAAGCAAGAACACAGGUUUCCUGUGCCCCCUCCAGCCUUCCCACUACAAGCAACGAGUGUGUGGAGACUGCUUAAAUAUGUCAGAGACUUCCUCCCACGACUCCUUCUACGAUUCCUUAUCAGACGUGCAGGAUGAGGGAAAAAGUGCUGAUGCCUUCCCUGGGCUCUCCGCGUUUCUCAGCCAGGAAGAAAUAAACAAAAGUCUUGACCUGGCCCGCCGAGCUAUAGACAACUCUGAAAGUGAAGAUUUUGAUUCAGAAAAGGAGAUUUCACAGAUUUUCAGCAAAUCUCCUGUAAGGCUCUGUGAAACUCCAUCCCACGAGGAGACCAAAUUCGGAGAGCAGACGCCCUCAGCAGGACCUCAGCACAACAGGCCAGCACCUGUCCAGCCUCUGGCGGGAGAGCAAGCUGAACGGAUCAGUUCCCCAGCUUCAAGGAGGAAACCUGGGGUAUCACCCCUGCUGGCCAGCCCCAGCUACAUCCGGAGCCUCCGCAAGGCUGAAAAACGAGGUGCAAAAAUUCCAAAUCCAAGUGCAAAGCCCAAAGCUGCCCAGCAAAACAAAGCUGGUCCCCAGGGCCAACUGUGCGACAAGGCUGCUAGUUUCAUUGAGGAACUGACAUCCAUAUUUAGAGAGGCAGCCAAGCCAAGAAACAGAAGCCCAAAUGGUGAGUCUUCGUCACCAGACAGUGGGUACCUGUCCCCUAAAAACCAACCAUCAACACUGACAAGUGCUUCAGCCAGCCAGAGCCCCACUGGAGACCAGAUAGACCAACAGGAGAUGGAAGCAGAGGUCAAGCUAGCCCAGGGCAGCCUUUGCUACCAGGCACACCAGACCCCAGAUGAGGCCUUGCCACACACCCACAUCCCUCAGCCUCAGCCCCAGAAAUCCCGGGACUUGCCCUCUGCACCUCGGUUCAUCCAGAAGCUGAGGAGCCAAGAAGUCGCCGAAGGAAGCCGAGUUUACUUGGAGUGUAGAGUCACAGGAAAUCCAACUCCCCGAGUCAGAUGGUUCUGUGAAGGGAAGGAACUGUACAGCACUCCUGACAUCCACAUCCACAGCGACGGUGACGAGCUGCACACCUUGGUCAUUGCUGAGGCCUUUGAGGACGACACAGGUCGUUACACGUGUCUGGCUACAAACCCCAGCGGCUCAGACACCACAUCAGCAGAGGUGUUCAUUGAAGGGGCCAGUUCAACGGACUCUGACAGUGAAAGCUUACCUUUCAUAUCAAAAGCUGGAGCUAUGCCACAAGCUCAAAAGAAAACGACUUCUGUUUCCUUGACAAUAGGAUCCUCAUCUCCCAAGACAGGAGUGACCACAGCUGUGAUUCAGCCCUUAUCUGUGCCUGUGCAACAGGUUCACAGUCCGACUUCGUAUCUCUGCCGACCUGAUGGAGCCACCAUGGGCUGUCUUCUUCCUGUUUUCACUAAGGAACUACAGAACACAGCAGCCUCCGAGGGCCAGGUGGUUGUCCUGGAAUGCCGAGUCAGAGGAGCACCCCCAAUGCAGGUCCAGUGGUUCCGGCAAGGGAGUGAGAUCCAAGACUCUCCAGACUUCAGAAUUCUUCAGAAAAAACCUAGAUCAACAGCUGAACCCGAGGAGAUCUGCACCCUUGUCAUUGCUGAGAGUUUUCCUGAAGAUGCAGGCAUCUUUACCUGCUCAGCCAGAAAUGACUACGGAUCAGUGACCAGCACUGCACAACUUAUUGUCACCUCAGCUAACGCUGAGAACUGCAGCUAUGACCCAAUGGAAGAACCCAACAGUGAUCACAACCAACACUUCCCGCCACCCCCUCCAAUCUUGGAGACAGGUUCCUAUGAGUUUGCAUCCCAGAAGCCAUCUGAAAUCCAGCAGGUGAACAGCCCCAAUUUAGGACUUAACAUGGCAGCCCUUCAAAUGCAAUUCAACUCUGCAGAGAGGGAGACUAAUGGAGUUCAUCCCAGCCAUGGAGUCAACGGGCUGAUUAAUGGCAAAACCUACGGCAAUAAAUCUCCUCCAACACCAGCUGCCCUGCUCUCGCCCACUAAGGAACCACCACCUCUGCUUGCCAAACCCAAACUGUGA